AUGAUCUCGGUUCCUGCUCUCGCUCUGGCCCUUCUGGCCGCCGUCCAGGUCGUCGAGUCUGCCUCGGCUGGCUGUGGCAAGGCGCCCCCUUCCUCGGGCACCAAGUCGAUGACGGUCAACGGCAAGCAGCGCCAGUACAUUCUCCAGCUGCCCAACAACUACGACGCCAACAAGGCCCACAGGGUGGUGAUCGGGUACCACUGGCGCGACGGAUCCAUGAACGACGUGGCCAACGGCGGCUUCUACGAUCUGCGGUCCCGGGCGGGCGACAGCACCAUCUUCGUUGCCCCCAACGGCCUCAAUGCCGGAUGGGCCAACGUGGGCGGCGAGGACAUCACCUUUACGGACCAGAUCGUAGACAUGCUCAAGAACGACCUCUGCGUGGACGAGACCCAGUUCUUUGCUACGGGCUGGAGCUAUGGCGGUGCCAUGAGCCAUAGCGUGGCUUGUUCUCGGCCAGACGUCUUCAAGGCCGUCGCGGUCAUCGCCGGGGCCCAGCUGUCCGGCUGCGCCGGCGGCACGACGCCCGUGGCGUACCUAGGCAUCCACGGAGCCGCCGACAACGUCCUGCCCAUCGACCUCGGCCGCCAGCUGCGCGACAAGUGGCUGCAGACCAACGGCUGCAACUACCAGGGCGCCCAGGACCCCGCGCCGGGCCAGCAGGCCCACAUCAAGACCACCUACAGCUGCUCCCGCGCGCCCGUCACCUGGAUCGGCCACGGGGGCGGCCACGUCCCCGACCCCACGGGCAACAACGGCGUCAAGUUUGCGCCCCAGGAGACCUGGGACUUCUUUGAUGCCGCCGUCGGAGCGGCCGGCGCGCAGAGCCCGAUGACAUAA